AUGCCUGCCGCCAUCCCAACCACGACGUCCGUCGUCGAGAGCGUCGUCGUCAACGCCCCGCUCUCGGCCGUCUGGCACCUGAUCAAGCUUCACAACUUUGCUGACUGGUGGUCUGCCCUCAAGAGCUCAGAGGCCGUCAAGGGUGUCAGCGAGGAGACCGACGUCGUCAAGUGGACCUUUAAGGACGGCGCCGUGGUCGAGAUUAAGCAGGAAGCGCACAGCACCAUCGACCACUACAUCACUUACAGUGCCAUCACCUCAUCCCCUGAGGUGUCCUACAGCUCCAUCCUCAGCACGGUCCGCUGCUGGCCCGUGACCUCCGGCAAGUCGGCCAACGGCACGUUUGUGCAGUGGACCGCCAACUUUUCUGGCGACGCAGACGCCGGGGUUAUCCAGGACGCCAGGUACAAGCGACAGGAGGGUCUGGCUGACCUGGCGCGUGCCGCCGAGCGAUAG